AUGUCCCCGCCUCCCAGAGGCUUCGACGAUCCAUCGGAAGUUAAAAGUCUCUCAGGCAGCGCGCCGCCUGACGGAGGCCACCCAUCCUUGGAAGAGGCCCGCUCGAAAGUCAGAGAUAUCACAGCUGACCAUACAUCCAGCGCGUCCUCUGUGUCCGUUCCACCUCUGCGCUUCAUUGAUAUGAGAGCGCUUCGUAGAAAGCGUGGUUCUGCGACCCUUCGUCACGACGAUGUCAUAACCUCAUCGACAACGCAAGACGAGCCGUCUCCGUCGAAGCGCAAGCGGACGCACGUGUCUCCACAAGUCCUCGUCCCAGAGCCUGUGAAAUCUGAAGUUGAGAGUGUUCUAGCGGUCCGCUUUCCUGUUUCCAAUAUUGUCCGUCCGUCUUGCGUAACUGCAAAGAAGGAGCCAAAUGAAAGUAUCGGUACAGCAGACGGCAACAACGUCGUUCGACAGUUAUCCACUCCCGACGGCAAGCAGGGAGCGCAGAAGAUGCGCCAAGGUAGCGCGGUCGACUUCUACACCUCAGAUGGGAUGAUCCAAUUGAGCGACACAGACGAGAAGUAUGACGUUUGGUCAGCAGACCUCCCUAUGAAACUGGAAGAUGUGCAAUCAGCCACUGCCCCCUCAGCUACGCAGAAUACUCUCGAGUUGCAGAGAUCCCCCGCUCACCAUACUAGUCCUUUGCCACCACCACCACCACCACCAUCACCUGGCGCGCAUCCCGACUCCCUCUCUGUCAUGCAGCUAGCCACUGCGUAUUCCCACCCUGCUCCUACUUGGACGGUGGAGAAGAUGCGGGAAGAAUGUCCUUCGCCAGCCAGUGAGGCGGAAGUAGAUGAGCUGAUGGACGACGAUGCUGUUGUCAUCGAAGCUGCGUCACAACCGGCUUGCACUUCGGGUUCGGGCCAAGACAGGACCCCAGUAAUUGAUCCCAUCGCGCGUCCAGCGGCCGCCAUCCUUCGUGCGCUUGGGCCGCCGACAGGCGCAUAUGCAUACGACAGGGAUACUCAAGCCACGCAAACGCCGACUCUUCCUCCCGAGCCAGAGGCUUCCCCGUCGGAAGAUAUUGUGCACGUUGAGGAACAUACCGACCGUCAGCCGCAGGGGAUUCACCAAACUCAGGUUGCUGACGAUGCAACCCACGACGACGAACAGCCCCCUCUGGUUCCACGACCGAUCGCGCACGCAGAAGAAGCUGCGCCUCCCGCAGACCCUGUCGUUGGUUUCCUCCAAGAAAUCGGGCUCUCCCCGUCUUUCGCGGACGCUCUGCGUCGCAUCGGUAUCAGUGACGACGAACGCAUUAGAGCCGUUGGCGCCCUCAAGGGGCCAUCAAUGAUUAGGAUCGAGAAGAGCUUGGAAGAGGCACAGUUCGACCUCGUUGCACGAGUACUCAUCCGCGAGGGCCUGAAGCAGCGUUCCGCGCGGGGCGGCAAGUGA